AUACGCUUCAACAAGCAGUUGGUCAACGCGGGUCAAACCCUUUAAAGGGUUGUUGCAGCGUACAAAUUAAUUGUUCCCUGCAAAAACGUUUGUUGCAGCGUACGUUGUAAAAGCCCCCUGCAAUAGCCCGUUACUGUUGCAGCGUACGUCCUAAAGCCCCCUGCAAUAACACAUUGUAAAAGUCUUUCGCUACAACCCAACCAGGUUUAGUUCAAUUUAGACCAAAUUAAUUAAAAAAACUCUAGAUCUAAAAUUUCAUACUCCCACCUCUCAACUCCCUUCUUCUUCCCUCAGCUUUACUGCGUCGCAAUCAAUGUAACUUCCUCGUCGGUGGUUCUCGCCUCCUCGCCAGUCGCCGGUGGGUCCUCUUUUCUCGCCUCCUCGUCAGUCGCCCUAGAGCUGAACUUAGAAUUAUUUCAAUCUGAAAAUUUUCAAAGCUUGCUCAAAUUGACCUUCCCCCUUCUUCUUCUUCUUCCCUCAGAUCUCCUCUACGGACCGGCAAACACCACACUCAGCGGCGGACGUGAGGGCAUACCCAGACGACCACGCACACUUCUUUUUCUCUCUCCUCUCACCUAUACCGGAAAAUAAAACCCUAGAAGUCAUGGGGAUGUUCCCGUGUUUCAAUUGCUCAAUAUUCUGACAAAUUCGUUCCAAAGUUAGCAGGUCAAGGAGGUUUCAGAAGAUUGGAGUUGGGGUUCCCAUCUGCUGCAAAAGAAAUUCAUUGAUUGAUUUUGAGGAAAGAACAAGCGCAAAUGAGGGAUUGUUCUUCUGCUACUUGUUUGAGGAAUCGUAGUGUUGAAGCUCUUGCUACUGCUUGCCUUGUUCAGGCUAUUCGUGAGGCCCAGGAGCCCCGUACCCUUCAGGAAAUCUCAAUAGCGGCGAACCUCCCUCAGAAAGAGAUUGGAAAGUAUAUCAAGAUCCUGGGUGAAGCUCUACAACUCAGUCAACCAAUUAAUAGCAAUUCUAUAGCUGUACAUAUGCCUAGAUUUUGCAACCUUCUCCAGCUUAAUAAAUCCGCUCUGGAACUUGCAACUCACAUUGGAGAAGUUGUGAUAAACAAAUGUUUCUGUACGCGUAGGAACCCUAUAAGUAUAUCAGCUGCUGCUAUUUAUCUGGCCUGUCAACUAGAAGAUAGACGCAAGACGCAGGCAGAAAUUUGUAAGGUAACAGGUCUCACUGAGGUCACACUCAGAAAAGUCUAUAAAGAGCUGCUUGAAAACUGGGAUGAUCUUCUACCGUCUAAUUAUACUCCAGUUGUCCCUCCUGAAAAGGCAUUCCCAACUACUACUAUAGCAUCCGGCCGUUCUGUAACCCCUAGAGCCGAACCACCAGAAAUUCCUACUUUAGACCGGGAGAGCAAGCAGCCCAAAACGAAUCAGAUUUCCGAGACAACUCACGUGGACAGGGUCAAGGGAGAGAAUGACAGCAAUACCCCCAGUACAAAAAAGGUCUACACUCCGAGGAUUGCGCCUUAUGCGAGGAAUUUGAUGUGGUUCGUGAGCAAUGGGCUAAGUUUUUUACCAACAAGUAUUUAUUAUUGGCUUUAGCGCGCUUGAUCGAGUUGGUUUAGUUGUUAUAGAAUAAAUUUUAUAUUAAAAUGUAUGUUUAUGUUGAAAUUGGAACAUAUAUUUAAAUGUAAUAUGUGCACUUUGGUUUUGGGAUAUAUAGUAUACAAAACUCCAGUUGUUGUUUUUA